AUGCGAUUGUCACAGGUGUUCGCUCUGCUCGAACGAGACCCAGCUCUCCUCGAUGCCCACAAGGUUGCCAGGGAGGCGUUUGGGCAAGAUCCGAGCGACGGCAGUGACUUCAUGCCCCACGCGAGCCUGCUCUACGGUGAUCUGCCGAUGUCCACUCGCGAAGCUAUUCGACAGGAGGCUGGCGUCGGCCUGGUGGAUCCGGGCAUUACACUAGAGUUUGAAAGCAUUCAAGUGUGGUCUACAAUAGGAGUUGUAGCGGAGUGGAAGCCUUUGGCUACCUUACCUAUAGGGUGA